AAUGCAUAAAUAGAUGGGUUGUUAAAAAUGUAAAGUAUAUCUCAAAAACGGGAAAAAAAUCUCAAUAUUGUUGUCCUAUCUUUGCUUAAAACCGCACUCUUCGUUCCAUAUAUCCUUUAAUAAUAGCACGAACUAAAACAACCAGCAUAUAUUUUUUUUUCAUUUUUUCCAAUAUCCCAAGUAACGGCAAGGUUAUAGUCUUCAGUGGACAAAAAAAUACUGUUUUAGGAGAAUAUAUAAACGACAGAUGGCUGGGAGUAAUUGAGUGUUGAGCUAAAGGAUAAAAAUAUGCUGGGGUAUAUGAUGGAGCCUAACAUAUAAAUGUACUAAAAAAGCUUCUCAGCUGACAUCUUGGGGUGAGAAAUGGCUUUAAACUACAGUUUCCAGAGGACCCACCGGUCAGUUCGGAAAUAAAGUGGACGACUGUGAUGAGGUCAAUGGUGAUAGUUAUCAAAACGACGUUGUUGAGGUCAAAGGUCGAACUAGAGGCGCCAAGCUGGCCCCGCGUUCCAAGUAGGUUGAUAGAUGACAUCAUUUCCGAAUGUUUUCGACCAUAGAUGGAAAAUAUGCAUCAAACGGAGACGUUAUUAAAAAUAGAAAAUAUGCACACACUUCUUCAUUUUCGUCGUUUUGUAUUACCUUUUCAUCUAUCCUUUAAGUCUUAAAUAUUGUUCCUUUGUGAACAUGAUUGAUUUCCAGAGCACACACCGGUGAUGGAGAGACGCAAUAAGGAAUUCUCUGAUAUCAUAGAAGAGCUGAUGUUUCGCGUAGAAAAAGCCGUGGAAAAGAAACAUGCCUGCUUGAAUCGACAUGAGGACGAACCAAUCACCAAGAUGUCCGAACUAUCCAAUGCCCCAUCUGAUAGGAUGUCAGUGAUCUACAUGACCUGGUUAAAAACCAAUAAAUCAACCCUUUUAGAUGCUUUCCAUAAACUGAAGAUUCGCACGGCGAAGUUUUUUCUGAACUGCAUUAGCUUACUUCAGUUGUUCCAAAAUGCCCUGUUCAUCAGCGCUGAAUGUAGGAGUAUUGAUGGGGUAGACUACCUGGAAAAAAAGAUACCAGAAGUAUUGCCAUUGGCCAAACCUAGGAACGACAUCUCUUCAGAAACUAUGACACCUUUAGUGACAGCCUUCUAUGAGAAGGCAAAGACUCUGAGAGAGUUGUGCCAAUCCGAAGAAUACGAGAACCCGAUGAUAGAUUCUUUAAAGCAGAAGCUGACAAGACUUUAUGGAGAUAAAGGACGACCAAAAGUAGCGAUUCUGGUGAAAUAUCCGGUUGCCGUGCCGUCGAUGUGCAUGUAUCUGAAACAAUCGACAGGAAUCAAGUGUAAAGGUGCCUGGGCUAACGAUAGAGUGAAUGAAACAAUGGAACAUCUUCGACGUGGGUGUGAUGUCUUGAUAACGACUUGGCCAUUGUUGGUCUAUCACUUAAAGGGAGGGCCCUAUUACUGGAAUUGCAUUAUCCGAACUGACUCUCCGUACAAUGGCUUCGUCACCUGGGAGCAUCAAGAUCAGCCGGACAAAGCGGAAGUGAGUCGCUUUUCUUUUGACGACACGAUCCCACCCUACGGUGUUGACUUGCUCCUGGAAUCCAUCAAGGAAGUGACGAGCAUGGAAGUAACACAACUCCAACGUCAUUUCACCGAGGAGUACAAUCAGGCCUUGACGAACAUCCAGACUGGCAAAAGCGAACGAAAAUCGUGGGCUCAAUUCAACUACGAAAUUGAACAGCCGUUUGAAGAGAGCAGAGCGGAUUUAUUUUGUCAUGGAUGCGGGGUUUUUGUUUGUAACGAAACCUACAUUCGCAAGCUUGACAGCCUUUGGCUCUGCCUGGACUCGAAUGUCAUUCACAAGCUGAAGACGAUUAAACAUCCAGAGCAGAUCGUCUUCAAUGACGGAUAUGCCAAACUUGGACGCUUCGUCUGCAAGCGUUGUGGGGAGAAGUGGGGCAUUGUUGUAUACGUCCUUCGGCAUUCUCAUCUUGCUUUUUCCAAACAAGGCCUUGACAUCUUCGUCGACAGUUACUUCACACCUUACUUUCCCAGCUGGAACCGCUGUGGCGUCAAUUGUGGCACGUUUCAGUACAAUCGUGACCUACUUCGGUGUCUCCCGUCUACUUUCUGUGUGGAGGGCGAACCUGUUGCAGAAUUACUAAAGAAUUUGCCAAAAGUAAACGAGGUGUAG